CCUCGCCUUCGCGGUCCAUGCUCACUAUCAAACGCUGCUGACAGGAGGAGCACGUUUCGACGGGGGGAGGGGGGAGGUGGUGCGUGGUGGUUCUACUUCUCAGUCGCCCGCAUUUCUUGACGACCACCUCGACUCCCCCCUGCCCAUCCAUCCCGCCAGUAACAAUGGUCAACCCCCUCUCUCCGCCGUCCAAGACGCCGUCGCCGCUCGCCUCGCCGAUCAAGAAGCACAACUCGCUCGGCGCGCUCGGGCUGUCGAGCCUCACGCUCGCGUCGCCCUCCGCGACGACGUCCCCACUGCUCUCGCCGGCGCCGCUGCAGCCCCCGCCGCCCAAGAGUCCGUCGGUGCAGCCCGCGAGCCUCGCGCCGCCGUCCAACGAGGACCCCAAGUGGAAGACGGGCGACUUUGUCAUUGUGUCCAGCGACAAUAUCAAGUUCAGGAUCCAGUCGUUCCAUCUGUUCUCUGCUAGCGGCGUGUUCCGCGCGUCCAGCGAGAUCGCCACCGUCGACGAAGACGGCGUCCCCGUCCCCCGCCAAAUCCACUUCACCGACGAGGACAUCGAGUCGGCCCUCGUGAUCCGUGCGUUCCUGCGUGUCAUCACCACGGGCCAGGUGGCGACCACGCCCGACGGCACGGGCACGCCGUCGGUGUCUGCGCUGCGCCGCCUGAUUCUGUUUUUGCGCAAGUACGAGUGCCCCGUCGCGCUCAACCUCGUGCUGUUCAAGGUCAAGGAGCUGCUCAACCAGGGCAUCAGCGUGCCGAUGUACACGUUCAUCCUGGGCGCCACCGCCGACGACGUCGACACGUGCGCGCUCGCCCUCAAGUUUAUGAACCAGAGCUGGAACGGGCCCAGCGGGUACACCGACGUGCGUAACGAGGGCACGCCGGGCGCGAGCACCAUCGACCCCAACAACCUGCCGUUUGCGCUCUGGCAGUGGAUCCCGUCCGAGUACAUGUGGGCUCUCAGCCGCGCGUGGGGCCGCAACGUCAAGGACGGUACUCGUCUCCCUGACGAGUUUAAGCGCGUUAUCGCCAUUGUCAAGGGCGCCGACCAGAAGAACUCGUCGCCUCUUUAGAGACAGAGUGACUGUCACAAGGAUCUCAAUACCGACAUGCCGACAAGGCCGGACAUAGAUGCACUGCAAUAGCA